AUGUCGACUCCGGCCGCAAACUUGGGAGACUUCCUUCGAGUAUUGAUGGCAGUGCAGGCUGUGCUCCUGACAUCGGCAGUCCUCGACAAAAUCCCUACCGCCGACCUGACAGCGCCGACAAUCUACUCGACGCUGAAAUCGCGGUACGCCCCUGACGACGCCACCCGCACGCUCGAGCUCUUCUCACGACUCUGGGGUUUCCGUCCCAUGCCCGGCACGGUUGCCGAAUUCGACGGGUGGAUCAUGGAGUUCAAAGCCGUUGCGCAAGAGAUCAUCGACACAAAGACAACUAUCAAUGAUGUUCUCGCCACACUCCUCCUUGCAAUCGCCCACCCGUCCCUCGAGAGCUUCAAGGCGUCGUUCACCGAUGAACAGCGCACGCAACGAACUCUCCCCGACAUUGAUUCGCUUGCCGACCGUAUGCGAGUCCAACUUCGGUCAACGAACAUCCCCAGCACUCAAUCGGCCCUUCUUGCCUCGUCGUCGUCACGUUCUACUCGUCCCAAGUGUCUCGCCUGUCGCAGCCCUUCGCACCGAGUCGCGGAGUGCCCUACGAGGGCGCAACACCCGCCGCCAGGACCCUGUCGCUCCUGCAAGAAGAAGGAUCACUGGUCUCUCGACUGCAAGAAGGCGCUCGAGGACGGCAAAAAGCCCGACACCGCUGACUCGACCGUCGACUCGCAACACCAUGUCGGAUGUCUCGCCACCGGUCUUCUCGCUCGUCGUCGCCAGCUUCGCAACCACUCUUUUGUCGUCGACUCGGGCGCCACUUCGCACAUGGUCUCGGACAAGUCGCUGUUCACGACCUAUCGCCAUAUCGCUCCUACGAAGAUUGGUGGUAUUGCAGGGGGCAUCAACGCCAUCGGAACGGGAAACAUCGCCUUCAUUGCCGCCUCGGGUCAUCCGAUCACGCUUACCGGCGUGCUGCACACUCCGGGCCUGUUUGUCAAUCUUCUCUCGGUCUCUCGACUUUGCGACACCGACGAUGUCCGUGUCGCCUUCACAAAACACGGCAUCCACAUUGACAAGGACGGCAACGACAUCGCUGAAGGCGCACAACUCGACGAAGGGCUCUACUUGCUGGACGCUGAUCAUUCCAAAUGUCAGCACCUUGCUCUCCUUUCUCGCUCACAGUCGUCCGUGCCCCUGCUGACUCUCCAUCGCUGCCUCGGCCAUCUCGCACCGUCCUCCAUACAGAAGAUGGUUGCCGCUGGUUUGCUGGAGGGUCUCAGGGCCGGAUAUAGUGACGAAGAGGUAGAGAAGUUUGUCUGCAAUGCUUGCCUCAGCGCAAAGGGCCAUCGUCUUCCCUUUCCCGAUUCGGAUUCGCACUCCUCAGAGAGACUCGGCCUUGUACACAGCGAUGUGUUUUCCUUCUCCGAGCGGUCCUUGACUGGCAAACGUUACCUGGUCACAUUCCUUGACGAUUACUCGCGCAAACUCUGGGCCUACGCAAUCGGACACAAAAGCGAAGUCUUCGGCAUAUUCAAAACUUGGCUAGCCGAGGUUGAACUCGAGACGGGUGCGACGCUGAAGGUCCUCCGAACCGACAACGGUGGCGAAUACUGUUCGAGAGCGUUCACAGAGUUCUGCAAGGCACGAGGCACUCGUCGACAAUACUCUAUCCCACGCACGCCUCAACAGAACGGUCGUGCAGAGCGGGUCAAUCGUUCCAUUGUCGAAGGCGUCCUUGCCCUCCUUGUCGACGCCCACCUACCCAAGACAUUCUGGGAGGAGGCUGCAGCUUAUUUCGUUUACUGCAAGAACCUGUGUCAACACGCGGCCCUGGACAAGGCAACACCAAACUCCGUCUGGCAGGGUGACCACACCACUGCCUCGGCGCUUCACCCGUUCGGCUGUACAGCUUGGCUUACGGUCGCGCCCGAACUUCGCUCCAAACUCGACCCGAAGGCGGUUCGCGUUCUUUUCACCGGCUACGACCUGGCUUCAAAAGCCUUUCGCUUCUACGACACUACAACACAGAAGAUUAUACUUGGCAGAAAUGCCACGUUCCUCGACACUGAAUUCCCCGGAUUACAUGGCGACCCCACUGAGCAAGACGGCGACCCCACUGAGCAAGACGGCGACCCCACUGAGCAAGACGGCGACACGCACUUCGCCAGCGCUCCCACCACCGAAUCUCAAACCGUUGUCAAGACAUGGACCCCACUAGUAAGGUCGGCGCACAUGGACGUCUCAUCCCCCCUUGAUGAUUCUGCCAUGAGCGCCGUUGACGUGGCCCCAGGGUACACUGGCGGAACCUUACUUAACUUCACAGAUGCCGAAUCGUCCUCGUCACCGUCGCCUGUGCCGUCCUCGUCACCGUCGCCUGCGUCGCCCUCAUCACCGUCGCCUGCGCCAUCGCCUGCACUUUCACCAUCGUCGGCUGCGUCAUUGUCAGGAGCACAGCCUGCACUGCCAUCAAUACUCGAAGGAAGUCUCCCAAGUUUGCGGCCGGAGUCGACAUCAGCUACCGGUUUGUUCGUUGCAAGCAUUGUCGGCGCGAUGGUGUAGUCGUGAGGGCGCGCGGGCGCGCACUCAGUGGUCGAGGGUUCGAUCCGCCCGGAGCGUGAUCUGCCUUUUGGUUUCUUUUCCUUUUUGUUAUCCGAGGCCCGGCUUCGGGGUUUUUACCGGUGCCUUGCAGGCAAUCCUUUUUACCCCUGAAGCGACCUCGUGGUGUAGUUAUUUGAUUCAGUCUUUCCUUCGCUCGGAGCACUUCCCUCCUUUUGCUUUUGCCACCCUUCCCCUAGAGCUUGGUCCACUCAUUAUCAUGACUCGUACCCUCCCUCUUUUUACCCAUUUCGCUGGCAAUUAAGUCCGUUACACUUGAUUUGCUGCGAAGCCUUCCGACCGAAUCCACUCCUCGGUUGCUCUCGGUCGACUGCCGCCGCCCAGCCGACUCGACCUUCCCAUCGGCCUGGUCAGCUAUUUCUUGGAUCGUUUGCCCUUCCUCUUUUGUCCGACCUCGUUGGCCACCAUAGUCCGGUACACUGGACUUGCUGCGAGCCUUGCAGCCGCGUAUCCUCCGCGGUUGCCUCUCGGUCGACUUCCGCCGCCCAGCCGACUCGACCUUCCCACCGGCCUGGUCAGCUAUUUCUUGGAUCGUUUGCCCUCCCUCUUCUGUCCGACCUCGUUGGCUACCAUAGUUCGGUACACUGGACUUGCUGCGAGCCUUGCAGCCGCGUAUCCUCCGCGGUUGCCUCUCGGUCGACUGCCGCCGCCUCGGUCGACACCCCCUUCGCUCCUUCGCGCUUUCGCGCGCUCUCUCGCUCUCUCCCUCGUCUCUCGCGUGUAGUCAUCGUCAUCCCCUCCGACGUUGCCUGUCAGUCAUCGUCACCCUCGGCCUUACCGACCGACUCUGAAGACUCCGCCGAUCCCCUCGACCUCCUCGGCUCACAGCCCCAGGUUCGCCUCGAUCUACAGGACGUGCACCACCCAGACUUCAGCACGUACCGCGAGCCCGCAUCGGCUGAGGAGUCGCCCGACGAACUCGACCUCAUUGGGCGCCACUCUCGCGACGAAUCUCCGGACGAAAUCGAUUUCCUCACCCGACACCACCGCGCCUUCAUCGCCAUCGACGACGACACCUCUGACACAGAGGCAGUUCAGCCAGUCAAGUCCAUCACGAGCGACCCACAGACCUGGCGCGAGGCGAUGUCUAGCGACAAGCGUGAAGUAUGGGCCAAAGCCGCCACCGACGAGUUCACCUCCAUGCGCGACGACUUCAAGGUCUUCACCAUCGAGGACCGAGCCACGGUGCCCGCGGGUGCGACUAUCGUUACAUCCAAGUUCGUCUGGAAAACGAAACGGAACGCACUCGGCGAAGUCACUGGACACAAGGCAAGGCUGGUCGCGCAAGGCAAUCGGCAACGCGACGGCAUCGACUUCAACGAAACGUUCGCACCGGUCGCACGCUUCUCCUCGAUACGCUCACUCCUCGCGCUGGCGGCCGCCAACGGCUUGCACGUGCACCAGGCGGACAUCGACAAAGCAUAUCUGCAUGGCGACCUUGACCACGACAUCUGGAUGACGGCACCGCGCGGCUUCGACCUUCCCAGCGACAAGGUGCUUCGCCUGCGACGCUCCAUCUACGGGCUCAAACAGGCUGGCCGAAUCUGGAAUCGACACAUCGACGCUUCGCUUCGGGCCCUCGGUUACACGGCGACGGGCACCGACCACUGCGUAUACUCUUGGCUCGAUGAUCGUCAAUGUCCACACUACAUCGCACUGUACGUCGACGACCUCCUGAUGAUCAGCCCGGACCUGGCCGAAAUCGAACGUGUCAUCUCAGGCCUGGAACAACGCUACGGAGUCAAGCGCCUCGGCCCGGCCGAGUAUAUCCUCGGCAUCCAGAUCAGGCGGUUCGACGACGGCUCUAUCGCCCUAUCCCAGGAACGGUACAUCAUGGACGUGCUCGCUCGGUUCCACUUCGACACCACGACUCGCGGCACUACAGUUCCGAUGACUCCCGGCCUUUCGCUCACUGCUAUCCCGGGUCAAGGCACCGAACGGAUCAGGUCAUGGUAUCUGCAGGCUAUCGGCUCGCUCCUCUACAUUUCGCUCGGUACCCGCCCUGACAUCGCCUUCGCCGUGUCCUACCUGGCCCGCUUCGCCAACAACCCCGGUCGUCGUCAUUGGAUUGCGGUCAAGCACAUCCUACGCUAUCUCCGGGCCACGUAUCGCAACGAACUCGUGUAUGCUCGCGGCCAGGCUCGCAUCACGGGUGUGGUAGGCUACUCCGACGCGAACUGGGGGGCCUGCAUCGACACAUCGGUGUCCACCAUGGGCUACGUCUUCUACAUCGCUGGCUCGGCCGUGUCCUGGUCGUCCAAACGCCAGUCUCGAGUUGCCGAUUCGACCACCGACGCUGAAUACCUCGCCCUCUCGCAUGCUGGCAAGGAAGGGAUUUACCUCAGUCAGCUGCUCGAAGAGCUCCAUGUACAACCUGUUGCACCGGCUCACAUCUUUACUGACAACGAAGCCGCUGCUGCAGUUGCUCACGAUCCUGUCCGCGUCUCUGGCACUCGGCACAUACGCUUGCGUGAGCACUUCGUUCGGGACAUGGUGAAUCGGGGCGACAUCUCUCUCUCGCAUGUGGGUACCAGCGACAUGGUGGCCGACAUCUUCACCAAGGCUCUCGGCCCAAAGGUCUUCUCAACGCACUGCUACGCCCUCGGCCUUUGCACUCGACACCCGCGGCUUGGGUCUGCCUCGCAUUCGCGUGGGGGGGGGGGGGGUGUGAAGAGUCCACUCUCAGCUCGACAGGGGCGCCUCGGUCGUUGCGCGCACUUGCUAGCCCGCCCCCGGCGGUGGGGACUUAGACGCGCGCGACUGCCUCAGCGCGCCAGCGCCGGCGGAUUCAUGCGCGCGCCCGCUAGCCCGCCCCCUUGCGGUGGGGACUUAGGCGCGCCGGCGAUUUCACCCGCGGCUGACUUAGGGAUGUACAUUGUCACGCGCCUGGGCCUAUCCCAGUGUGGCCCCCCCCCUUUCUGUUUCUUAGCUUCCUUCUCAUCACUUCUGUUCGACUCUCAACCUCUCCUGACAGUAGUGGUGAACGUCUCAUAGGUACGCUGAAAUAUAUCACUUCUGUUCGACUCUCAACCUCUCCUGACAGUAGUGGUGAACGUCUCAUACGUGUCACGAAUGGGAGUUUCACCACUCCAAGUUCGGCCUCUCAGCACCCACGUCAUCCGCGUGACUUCGGCCUUCCCGCGCUUCGGCACCUGCACUGCCUUCUUCUCCUCCAACUAUACGCUCACAACCCUCUCGCCCCCGACUCUUACGUGAACAUCAACCAAGCUCUAUUACGUGAUCCUUGGCCUCAACACUAUUACAUGAUCCUCGUGCCUCGCCUCCUCGUCCCCGACUCCUCUGGUCUAGUUUCCCAGUUCCGUAGCUCACUUCUCUCUUUCCCUUCUGCAACUCGAAUCUCGUCAAAGGUCACAUCCUUGCACUCGUCCCUCGUCCUCGCCUCUUGUGAGAAGUCCCUAGAACACCUCUCAACUUGUCACUCGCCCUUGCCCUCGUCUGGCUCACCUCUCCUAUCUUCGUCCUUUGUGAUAGAAGAUUCGAGUUCCCAGGUUCUACCGACUUCCUCUGCCAUGUCCUCCAACCCUCUCUCUAUCGAAGAACUCCAGGCCGCCCUCGCCGCCCGCGACGCCACCCUAGCCUCUCGCGAAGCUGAAAUCACCAGCCUCCACGCCGAAGGCCGCGCUCUACAGUAGACCUACCAAGCGGUUUUGGACAACUUCAGCGUCGUCAAGAAGCUCACCGACACCCUCCAGCACACUCCCAAGCCCAAGUCGCCGUUGGAGAAGCCGCCUGCCUAUGAUGGCAAGGACAAGACCGGUUACUCUACGUUCGUAUCUCAGUGCAAGUUCUACAUCUAUGGCAACCCCACUCUCUUCACUACGGAUCAGGAGAAGAUUGCUUUCAUGAUUUCCCUCCUCCGCAACAGUGCCUACAAGGUCUUCGAACCCUACAUCGAGCUCGCCGACGAGAAGCGCCCCCACUUUCUCAAGGACUUCACCGCUUUCCUCGAACAGGCCCAGCUCUACCUUGGCGACCCCGAUCGCGAACACACCAUUACCAACAAGUUGCGCGCCCUUACCCAAACCGGAUCCACGGCUGCCUAUGCGAGUACCUUCUUCCAGCUCUCUGCUUUCCUUGCUUGGAAUGAUCCCACUUUGCAGGCCCAAUACUACGCCGGCCUCAAGCCCGACGUUCGCAACAUGCUCAGCCUCCAAGACAACCCCACCUCGGUUGCCGACCUCUCCGCCAAAGCUAUCAAGGCCGACAACCGUCUUCAUCAAAGCCGUCAAGAAGCGAAGGCGACCACCAAGCCUCAUUCGCAACACUCUCAGCAACGCGGCAACUCUGCUUCGCCGCCGACCCGCGUCACCACAAACGUCACGACCCAGGGCCCCACUCCCAUGGAUGUUGACGCCACGACCACUCGCAGGGCUCCUCUCACCCCUCAAGAACAACCUCUGCCUUUACUGCGGUGAAGGUGGCCACCAGGUCAGCUCUUGCCCCGCCGCUCCAAGGAAGUAUCCAGGACGUCGUGCUGGCAACACCACUUUCUCCAUCACAGAUGCCGCUGCCCCCUCUAGCAAUUCGAAAAACUAGAGCGUCCUCUGCCCUCGUGUACGCAUGAGGACAUCACACACGCGCACGGCAUCACUCGGUCACCUCCUUCACCGGUCUACAUCACUCUGGCAUCCACACUCGACACUCAACCUUUCGAUCAUCUCGUCCUACCCCUCGACUUCUGCCUGGAACCUCCGGUCUCAGGCUCGGCCCUCAUCGACUCGGGUGCGACCUCGUUGUUCAUUGAUGACUCUUUCGUGUCUCGUCAUGGCCUCGUCCGCCGCCCCCACUCUUCGUCAUCGACGGCCGCCCCAUCGCGUCCGGCCACGUCACCCACUUCGUUCGCCUCACGAUCACGCUCGGAGGACACUCUCAAGUCAUUCAGGCCGAUGUCACGCAGCUGGGUACCUACCCGCUGGUGCUCGGCACCCCAUGGUUACGUCUCUUCAAUCCCUCUAUCAAUUGGGCAGACAAUACACUCACUUUCUCGUGCUCUCAAUGCACUCUUGGACAUCCAACCUCAGUUGAUGUCGGCCUUCAGGGCCUCCCACUUGUACACUCGGCGCCCGACCUCGCUCUGGACGUUGCCCUCGCUUCCUCUGACGCCUUCGAUCAAAUUCUGGUCGAUGAGCCCUCCCUUGGCCUGAUCAAUCGCGAUCCAGCGCACUCGUACUUGUUCUCGACCUCAGAGGAAGCCUCCCCGUCAGUCUUCCCUGUGGGUCCACCUGAUUCUGCCGAAUACCUCGAUGACUUGCGAUCUGCGCUUCCUUCGGAGUACCACCACCUUCUUCAGGCUUUCUCCAAAGCGCAGGCCGACACUCUUCCGCCUCAUCGACCCUUCGAUCUCGCCAUCGAGAUAGAAGACGGCAAGCAACCUCCUUUCGGCCCUCUCUACCCUCUGUCCGAAAAGGAGCUUCAGGCACUCUCGACUUGGAUCGACGAGAACCUCUCGAAGGGGUUCAUCCGCCCGUCGACUUCGCCAGCGGGCGCUCCCAUUCUCUUUGUUUGCAAGAAGGAUGGGUCGCUCCGCCUCUGUGUCGAUUACCGGGGACUCAACGCGGUCACCCUCAAGAAUCGAUACCCCUUGCCCUUGAUCCCGGAGGCGCUCGACCGACUUCGUUCGGCCAAGAUGUUCACCAAGCUCGAUCUGCGCUCCGGCUACAACCUUGUUCGCAUAAAAGGGGGAGACGAAUGGAAGACCGCGUUUCGCACACGCUACGGUCACUUCGAAUGCCUCGUCAUGCCAUUCGGUCUCACUAACGCCCCUGCUGCCUUUCAACACUUGAUGAAAAGCAUCUUCCACGACCUCCUCGACGUCACGGUGCUCGUUUACCUCGACGACAUCCUCAUCUUUUCGGAUUCGCCUUCCGACCAUGUCGUUCAUGUGCAAGAAGUCCUUCGUCGCCUCAUCGAUAACCGGCUCUACUGCAACCCGAAGAAGUGUGAGUUCCACCAGACCUCGACUGAGUACCUCGGCUUCAUCAUUUCGCCCGACGGUGUCUCGAUGUCUCCUUCGAAGGUGGACUCCAUCACUUCCUGGCCAGCUCCGACCACGCUCAAGGAGUUGCAACAGUUCCUCGGCUUCGCCAACUUCUACCGGCGUUUCAUUCAAGGCUACUCUCGCAUCAUCUCGCCUCUCACCCGUCUUCUCAAGAAGGGUGCCGUCUUCGACUCCUUGGCUCUCGCCGCCUUCAAUCGCCUCAAGUCGCUCUUCGCUUCCGACAUCAUCCUUCGUCACUAUGAUCCUUCGCUUCCUUGCGUCAUUGAGUCCGAUGCGUCUGAUUAUGCCAUCAGCGCGAUCCUCUUCCAGUCAGUCGAUUCUCAGCUUCGUCCUGUUGCAUUCUUCUCUCGCAAGAUGACCCCUGCCGAGCAGAAUUACAAGAUCCACGACAAGGAACUCCUCGCCAUCGUUGCCUGCAUGAAACUUUGGCGACAUUAUCUUGAAGGAGUUCACCACCCAAUCACGAUCCUCACCGACCACAACGCGCUUCAAUACUUCCAGACGACCAAAGUGCUCACUUGUCACCAAGCUCGCUUGACAGGCAACGUUGGAGGGGAUGAUGAUGACUACACGCGAGAGACGAGGGAGAGAGCGAGAGAGCGCGCGAAAGCGCGAAGAAGCGAAAGGGGUGUCGACCGAGAGCGACCGAGGAGUGGAUUCGGUCGGAAGGCUUCGCAGCAAAUCAAGUGUAACGGACUUAAUUGCCAGCGAAAUGGGUAA